GAAAACCCACAUAUCAGUUGGAAGAUUAACACCAAGAGAUGGAGGUCCUGAUUUCAAACUGGUCUAAUGUUCAAUCUAUGCCUGAAAGUUUUGUCUUCCCACCGGAAAGAAGACCAGGAAAGAACCUCGUUCCGGUGUGUAACGACAUUCCGGUGAUUGAUCUUAAACCAAUUGAUGAGGAUCAUGAUCCAGCAGAGACAAUUCAGCAAAUUCUCAAAGCAAGCCAAGAAUUCGGAUUCUUCCAGGUGAUCAACCAUGGAGUUUCAGAAGUUUUAAUGGAUGACACAAUGAGUGUGUUCAAAGAGUUCUUCGGCUUGCCUGCUGAGUACAAGGCAAGCUUUUACUCUAAUGACAUCAAUAGAAGCUGUAGGCUCUACACAAGCACUUUAAACUAUGACAAAGAAGAGUUUCAUUACUGGAGAGAUAAUUUCACCCACCGUUGUCAUCCUGUAGACGAUUAUAUCCAGUUUUGGCCCGAAAAACCAUCCAGAUAUCGAGACGUUGUUGGACAAUAUUCGGUUGAAGUAAGGAAAUUUCUUUUGAGGAUUUUGGAUCUGAUGUGUGAAGGACUUGGACUUGAACUGAGAUAUUUUGAUGGUGAAUUCAGCAAAAAUCAGCUAUUGUCUGUAAAUUAUCAUGUCCCGUGCCCCGAUCCGAGCUUGACCUUGGGGAUGCCUGAACAUUCUGAUCCUAACCUCAUAAGCAUGCUUCAGCAGUGUGAUGUUCCUGGACUUCAAUUCUUAAAGGAUGGGCAAUGGAUUGGUGUUGAGCCACUCCCUAAUGCUCUUCUAGUCAUACCAGGCCUCCAACUACGGGCCAUCAGCAACGACAAGUUCCAAAGUCCAAAACAUCGCGUGGUGACACAUUCAAAGGAGGCACGAACCACCAUUGGCUGCUUUCUUAUUCCCUCUAACGACGUAUGUAUUGAACCUGCAAGAGCUUUGGUUAAUUCAGGCAGUCCUCAGUUCUACAGAGCCUAUAAAUAUCAAGAAUUUUUCAGCACAUUUACAGUGAAAGGUUGUGAUGCUGAUGCUGCUUUUGAGUCAUUUAAGCUUCAUGGAUAAGUGAUUAUCACCCAAAUAUAUCGCUUUGCCUGAUGAUCUGUGGAUUUGGGUGCAUCAAAGAACUCAAAUCAUUGCUUGUUUGUUUGUUUGUUUGUUUAGCUUUGAGACAUAAAGUCUGCUGCUGAAUAUAUGGCGUGGGAGAAGUGAAUGUUUAGGACAAGCUUUGUUUUCUUGGUGUUGUAUGGGGAUGAUGUUUGAUUCAAUAAGGCCGGCCCCCUCCCCCUCUUUUGUGUGUAUGAUUUG